CUUCCGGAUCCACGCUGGCCCGCUUGAGACUAUAGAGCCUGAAAAACUUUGAAUCUCAGAGUUUCAGCCUCUGGGACUUUGCGACUCCUCUUGAUUCUGCACCAAGCCGAAAGGAGUCUUGCACUUUCGAAAGAAAUUCAAAGGGACAUCGAGGGACAGAUAGCCAUCGACCAGGUAAGGUACGCCAUUCCCGCUCCCCCACCACUCUCUCCUCCGCCGCCAACCUAGGGCUAGGGAAUCAUUUGGGCAGUCGAGUUGGGACUGAAGUGCAGAGCCCUUGCUAGUGGAGAGGGAGCUGACCAGCGGAAGGGGCAGCCCCAAGUUUUCUGGGCUUAGCAACCCUGCCUGCUGCCAAAAGCGUGACCAGUGCUGACCAGUGCUGAAGACUCGCUCUCCAGUUUUGGGCAGAGACAGCAGCUCCGGCAUGCCUGAGGCCAAGAAGUAUCGAACAAGGUUAAGGGACAGGCAACGUCUCUCCUCUGACCAGCCCGACCCAGGGUCUUCUCUCAGCACGAGAGGAGCUGAAAGCACCUGCCGACCCAACGAUGACUCCUCCACGGAAGGCAACCGAAUGGCCCAGGGCAUCCUUUCAGCCAGCUGCCCUGGACUGCUGCAACCCGCCCAGAAUGACACGGCCCCGGAGGGUAUCGACGCUGACAGCUGUCAGGACCCGCCUGGCUCCGAAGCAAAUCGCUCCUUGGCACCCAGACUGGGUGUCCAAAACUCUCUGCACAUUCCAGGCACUUCAAGCUCUGGAAGACUGAAAGUGCGCCUCUGCAACCACACCCUGUGGCUCCAGUUUUCCAGGCAGCAGAAUGAAAUGAUCCUCAGCAAGCAAGGUCGAAACAUGUUCCCCUUCCUGGUUUACAAAAUCCAGGGUAUGGACCCCAGUGCCCUUUACCACGUCUUUAUCGGAGUGGAACCCGUAGACAAACAUCACUGGCGAUAUCAGAAGGGGCAAUGGCUCCCCCUCAAAGACGAAAAUGGAGAGGAUAAACUGCCAGGCAACCGCUUCUAUCAACAUCCUGACUCACCCAACACCGGGGCCCACUGGAUGGACAGGGAGAUAGCCUUUAAAGACCUCAAGCUCACCAACAAGGAGACAGCUUGCAAGAAUGGCAGCCAGGCCCCGAUCUUAUUGAAGUCUCUCCACAAAUACCAGCCCAGGCUUCACAUUGAAGAAGUCAGCGAUGCCUCCUCCUCAAGGCACAACUUCACCUUCCCUGACACAGAGUUUAUCGCUGUGACCGUCUAUCAAAAUCCUGGGAUCAGACGCCUCAAAAUUCAAAACAAUCCCUUCGCUAGUGGUUUUAGACGAAAACCUUCCUGUCCUGGAGAAAGCUUGCAGAAGUCUCCUCCUGCUGGGGAGUGCAGUGGCUCCACCUCAUCUCCAACAGCUUUGUUAGUUUCUAACUACCCCCUCCAGGUCCAACAGGGACCUGGCCAAGAGAAGGACUGUGAUUUCAUGUGUGGAUCCCAGUCACCAUCAGGACAGCUCUAUGAAACCAGUGACAGCAGAAGUACCACCAGCCUGGUCUUGCCCUUAACUGGGGAAGGUCUGAACCCUGACCUUCUGCCCUGUACAUCUCAAAAUGAUGUGUCUUACCACCCCAGCACAGAUACCCCCAUCACACAAGGGAAUUGGUCAUGUGCCCUCUCAAAUUGCACCUCUAAUGAGAAUGGUAUGGAAUGUUUCCAGUCUGUUAAUUCAAAGCCUCAGCAAGCAAGAACUGGAACUGAGGAAGAGGAAAGACUUCAAGAUCAACUCUUCUCCUCCAACUACAGCUACCUGUCAGAUGUGUCCCACUUGGGGCAAAGACCUUCAAAGAAGAGAUGCUUAUCUCCAGUAGACUCAGACAAGUAUUCCUCAACUUCAGCUUGGAAAACCAGAGAACAAGAGAAGGGCCUUGGAGCCAGUGAAUCCAGUGGCAACAACUUCCAUGAAGCUGUUGCUGAAGGCUCUUGCUAUCCAGUAGUCCUGCAAGAGGAUACUGAUCAAACCAAAGAGAUGAUGAACCCAACUUCUGGGAAUUCCAUCCAGGAGACUCAGUCACCUUCAGAGCUUCCUUCUGACUCCAUUGACAUGGUCCUGCAUGCUGCUCUGUGUGAUCUAUUUCCUGACAGCUAUCCACCUGCCAUGGCUAAUGACCACAGACCAGGUACCCACAUCACACAAGGGAACUGGUCAUCUUCCCUCUCAAAUAGCACCUCCAAUGGGAACGGCGAGGGUGGGCCUGUAGAGUCCUGGCUGGAGCACAGGAACCCAGCCCAGCCCCUGACUUACUUGGGCACGCAAAACCGGUGA